AUAACCCGACGACAUAAAAUGGCGGCGCCCAUGUACAACGUGUUUGUGGGAGCUGAAACUGGUUUAUUGAAAGGCAUUACCUUGAAAAAGUCACAGUGGAAUAAUUUGAAUGCUAUUGCUAGUGCAGACAGAGAGAAAGAAAUAUGUGCCAUGUGUUGGGAUAACACAGAUGAAUCGAAAGUAUGUUUUGGUUUGAAAAACAGACAGGUGCUUGUUUAUGACGUUGAUGCACAAUCUGUUGAGGACGAAAUUCACACGUUUGACGGAGGCAGUGGGAAGUUCCGUGCUCUAGCGAAAGUUGAAGGCAAAUAUUUGACAGCCGUAGAGUCGGGUUUAGUCAAACUCUGGGAUGAUGAUGAAGACAAAAACUCCAUCGAAAUUGAAGCAGGGAAAGAUUUAUUUUGCAUGGAGCAAAAUCCACAAAAGUCCCACAUCAUCGGAACAGGGGGGAAGGAAAACGAACUUAAAUUGUGGGAUCUUCAGAGACAUUCCGAACCAAUAUUCAAAGCAAAGAAUGUGAAAAAUGAUUGGUUAAACCUGAGAGUUCCAGUUUGGGUAAUGGGUGUUCAGUUCCUUCCAGGAAGCGACAAAGUUGUGACCUCAACAGGUCAUCAUCAGGUCAGAGUGUAUGACCCACAGAGUUCACAACGAAGACCUGUCCUUGACAUUGAAGUAGAUGAAUAUCCUCUCACAGCAAUAUCACUGCGGUAUGAUCAAGACAAUCAAGUUCUUGUUGGUAACACACAGGGAAAGAUGGCAUUGGUGGAUCUGAGGAAUGGCAAAGUCAUGCAAGUCUAUAAAGGGUUUGCUGGAGGUAUACGAGAUAUCAAAUGUCAUCCCUCAAAACCCCUUGUUGCUUCUUGUGGCUUGGAUAGGCAUAUACGUAUACAUGACAUUGAUUCCAGGGAAAUGGUGAAUAAAUUGUAUUUAAAGUCAAGGCUAAACUGUCUCCUCUUUUCAUCAAGAGAAGGAGAAAAUGCAACGGUAAAUAAGAGUGAGGUUCAAAAAGAAGCUGACGUAGAGUCAGGGAUUGAAUCGGAAGAUGAGGAUGUUUGGGAAAAUCUGGAACUGGUGAAAACCAAGACUGUGAAAAAGAAGGAGAAAGAAAUUGUUGUAAAAGAAGAUAAAGUGGAUAGAAAGAGGAAAAAGAAAAAGAAAUCAGAUAAACCAAAAGAGGUUCCCAUGAUUGCAAAGAAACGUAAAUGAUACAGAAUGACAGAUACCAUUCAGUGAAUUAAAAAUACAUGUGUCAAACAUGUAAAGACUAUAAUACAUGUAUUCAGAUGCAUGUGAAAUUAACAUUGGCCAUCUAGAUUCACUCAUUAUGUGCCUGUGAUGCCUGUUGAAUUAUUUCAUCAUGUUAAGGGAAAGAAGUUAGAAAAAAAAACUGUUUCAUCAGAAUAUCAAUUUUUCCUUUUUUUUAAGUU